AUGGAUACAAGUAUGGUAGCAAACUUAAACCCUGGUGAUGGAGACAAGCCAAUAGAAAUAAAAGUCAUUAGGAAAUGGUUAUCAUAUGGGAAAAAAGCUGAAUGUUGCUACAUAUUCCUUGAUAAAAGUGGAGAUGCAAUAGAAGCAUGUGGUUGUCUGGGAGAUAAAGGCUACUUUGAUUCGAUAAUCAGGAUGGAUGGUUGUUACUCUGUAAGCAACUAUGUGUGUGACAAUGCAAAUACUUUCUUUGUUACUGUCCCACACAAAACCAAAAUCAAGCUAGGCAGGGCAGCAAAAUUUGAAGAAAUACGUGAUGAUGGAUUUCCUGUGUACUACUUCAAUUUUCUUGCAUAUGGUCAAUUAGGUGCAAGGCUUGAUAACCAUAAGACACUCACAGAUUAUAUCGGAAGAGUUGAAAAUGUGUAUGAAGUAGUCAGAACUCAAGGAAAUGCAAUUUUGAAACUCAAACUAGAAAAUUUGAGUGGAACAAUGAUUGAGACAACUUUCUGGGAUGAGGCGGCUAACUCAUUUGAUAAAGAAGCUAUCGAAGCAUUACCUUCUCCUGUUAUUGUUGCUAUUACUUCAAUGAAAGUCACACAGUAUCUAGGAAAUUUGCAACUGACAGCAACUCCAGCCUCAUAUAUUUACAUCAACCCCACUAUUCCCGAGGCUGCUGCAAUGGCUGCUGAGUUUGUCGAACGACAUAAUCAAAACCCUAUACUCAAGAUACAAUACCAAAAAAGUAAAGAUGUAGAAGUCGAAAAGAAAAGAAACAGGUUUCCAUUGGUAGACUUGCUAUCUCAAAACCCAAACCGUUAUGCAGGAGCUCAGUUCACUUGCAAAGCAUCUCUGGUUAGCUUAGAUGCAAGCAAGGGUUGGUUUUAUAAAGCAUGUCAUGAAUGUCGUAAAAAACUUCAAAAAAGAGGAAACACACUUCCAUGCGAAGAUCAUGAUCAAGUUGCUAAACCAAACAAUUUGUUUUUUAUCACAGCACACAUCGCAGAUGAGACCGCUCAAGCAAAGAUAGUCUUUUUUGAUGCUGCAGCUAGAAUGUUGUUCCAAACAGAUUGCAACACACUCAUUGAUCAUCAUGGAUACACUGAUCCGUACACAUUGCCUGCACCACUCACCAUUCUCAUAGGCCAGCCAAAAAUAAUUCAAUUCCGAUUCGCAAGAUUCUGUAGGCCGGGUGCUAAAGACUUUGUAGCAGAUGCUGUUUUUGAAGAUAUAGUUUCUCCAUAA